AGAGUUGGUGGGCAACGCACACACAAACAAACUCUUUAAAUACCAGAAUUCAAUCUCGAUUGUCAUACAUGAGGGCAACACCAAACCCAAAUCUAUCUUAAGUCUUUGAAUUUCGACUCCGGAAUUUUCUUUGCUGAAGAAUCCGGCUGCUAAGUUCAUACAUCCCUGAAUUACAGAUCAGGGUCUCUCUUGGUGCUGCAUCUUGAAGCCAACUCUUGUUCACUAGUAACACUGUAACAGGGUUUGGAAGAUGGGAUCGGGUCAGUGGUGCAUUGAGAACAGAUCUGGUAAUAGAAAUGACUCGUUUGUAAGGAAGGAUGAGGCUGUGCCUGAAACUGGGUGUCUCUCAAUUAUUGUCCUUGGUGCCUCUGGUGAUCUAGCCAAGAAGAAGACUUUCCCAGCUCUCUUCAAUCUUUAUCGCCAGGGAUUUCUACAACCAGAUGAGGUGCACAUUUUCGGAUAUGCAAGGUCUAAGAUUUCAGAUGAGGAGCUGAGAAAUCGCAUUCGUGGAUAUCUUCUUAGUGACAAAAAUGCUUCACCAGAACACUCAGAAGGUGUAUCAAAGUUUCUACAAUUUAUUAAAUACGUAAGUGGUUCAUAUGAUACUGAGGAAGGCUUUCAGCUAUUAGAUAAGGAAAUUUCAGAGCAUGAAAUCUUGAAAAAAAGUCAAGAAGGAUCUGCUCGGAGGCUCUUUUAUUUUGCACUUCCACCAUCAGUAUAUCCAUCAGUCUGCAGGAUGAUAAAAAGAUGUUGCAUGAAUAGAUCUGAUCUUGGUGGAUGGACUAGGAUUGUUGUUGAGAAGCCAUUUGGCAAAGAUUUGCAUUCUUCAGAACAACUCAGUUCCCACAUCGGAGAGUUGUUUGAUGAACCACAAAUUUACCGUAUUGAUCACUAUUUGGGAAAGGAAUUGGUGCAGAACUUGUUGGUACUCCGCUUUGCAAAUCGCUUCUUUUUGCCCCUCUGGAAUCGUGACAACAUUGAUAAUGUCCAGAUUGUGUUCAGGGAGGAUUUUGGAACUGAAGGUCGUGGUGGAUAUUUCGAUGAAUAUGGAAUUAUCCGUGAUAUCAUCCAAAACCAUCUCUUGCAGGUUCUUUGUCUUGUUGCAAUGGAGAAGCCCGUCUCACUCAAACCCGAGCACAUCCGUGAUGAGAAAGUAAAGGUUCUUCAAUCAGUACUCCCAAUUAAAGAUGAAGAGGUUGUCCUUGGACAGUAUGAAGGUUACAGAGAUGAUCCAACUGUUCCAGACCACUCAAAUACACCAACUUUUGCAACUGUUAUUCUUCGAAUCCAUAAUGAAAGAUGGGAAGGUGUUCCAUUUAUAUUAAAGGCAGGGAAAGCAUUAAACUCAAGGAAGGCAGAGAUACGUGUUCAGUUUAAGGAUGUUCCUGGUGAUAUAUUCAAAUGUCAAAAGCAAGGGAGAAAUGAAUUUGUUAUUCGCCUGCAACCUUCUGAAGCCAUUUACAUGAAGCUAACAGUCAAGCAACCUGGUCUUGAGAUGUCAACAGUACAAAGUGAACUAGACUUGUCAUAUAAGCAACGAUAUCAAGGAGUUACAAUCCCUGAGGCUUAUGAACGUCUUAUUCUUGAUACGAUAAGAGGUGAUCAACAGCAUUUUGUCCGUAGAGAUGAGUUGAAGGCCGCAUGGGAAAUUUUCACCCCUCUUCUUCACGGAAUUGACAACGGUGAAUUCAAACCAAUUUCAUAUCAACCAGGCAGCCGAGGUCCUGUAGAAGCGGACGAGCUGCUGGCUAAAGCUGGUUAUGUCCAAACGCAUGGAUACAUAUGGGUUCCUCCCUCCUUGUAGAAAUGUAGAAUGCAUAGAAGUGUUCUAAUCGCCAUAUAAGUUAGUCUCCUCAAGGCAAGGUGGUGGCAUAUCAAUAAUGUAUCAAUGGCUUGUUUAGGUUGUGUAAGCCCUUUAUAUGCCCGUCAAUAAUGUAUCAAUGGCUUGUUUAGGUUGUGUAAACCCUUUAUAUGUUUCCCCCGGAAGUUGUUACUCCCUGGCUGGGUUUAGAGUAUGAGUCCAUUCGGUUUAUAAAAGCAUGGUUUUGCAAUAAAUACUGAUACAACCACUUCCAAAUCACAAAGUAUUCAUUAAAUGUCAGUGAUAUUU